AUGGACUCCAUGGCAUUCUUCUGGUUCGUUGCAGCGCGACACAAGAGAUCGACGCAGCCUGCGCUUAGGUGUUGCUUGGAUCCGGGCAAGUCCGUCAUGAACACGAUCGCCGACGUGUUCCCGAUGGACCGACUGGAGUUGAAAAACCUGCAACCCUUGCCUGGGGCCUGGGCAUGCAUGCUCAUCCAGGAGGAAACCGUGCAGACGCUGCCCAGCCCGCCCAGACCCGGAGAUCAUGCUGGCACGACCCUUGCGGCGGGCUACGCUAACCAUGCGCAAGGACCUAGGCCGUCUCCCUCGCGUGACCCACUCGCCAAACUCGACGGCUCCCGCUCCGGCUCGCAAAGGUCGCUGCUCCUGCUGGCCGGCAAUUGUCCGCUCGCCAACCUCGCAAUCAAGGCCGCAGCUUCCCGAAACAAAGGUCCCCACUCACGUCUCCUUUGUGCUGCAGACAGGACUGGAUAA